AGCUCUAUGAUUCGAUACUGAUCCUUUUUCAGCGUACAUUCCUUUGUGAAUUGCCCUUAAUUCGCUGACGAAAGUGUGCCGCUACACAGGAGAAUGCAGCAGCUUUGGUGUGCUGCCUUCCUCUCAGGGCUGUUCAUGGUAGCAGGCGAAGAGCCCAUCUUAACGCGAUAUCAGGACUUGGCUCCUUCAAGCAACAUUUUGGCAGCAGCUGCGGCGCCUGCAGGGGGCUUUGGAGUGGUUGCUGGCACCGGCCUUCCGUUCUUUGUGGACGGUGUUGCCACUCGGCUCAGGGUGGUUGAGGCUGAGGCCCGAGACGAACUAGCGCGCCGAGGGUGGCGUGAAGGGAGCCUAGCCGCUCCCAUACCUGCUCCUGGUGCUGCGCCUGGUGGGGGGACUGCCACUCCUGCCAACGGGCCACCUGGAGCUGCGGCUGAGUGCAAAGCAGCUGCACCUGCGCCACGGGAGGAAGCUGCCCUAGCCUCCCAAGCUGCCAAGAAAGUCGCUGCCACCGAGCCAGGGGAGAGUGUUGCGCCCACCUCCCAACCUGUUGCCUCAGAUUGCGCUGAAAGGACACCCGAGGAAGUCAACCUCGGAAUCUAUCCGAAGAGUUGCCCUGCUGCCCCACGAGUGCCCGCCGCCGGAGCACAACAGGUGAAGCUUGAAGCGGAGAUCAAGGCCAAGCCGCCCAAGGAAGAAGAGAAAGAAGGAGAGAAGAAGGGAGUCCAGUGUUACUCCCAGGUCAGCUCCGGGAAAGGAGAAGAAGUCUCGUCCAGAGAGGAGCAGUGGCAGUGGGAGGGCUCAAGGUCCUGGUUGGCAAGGGCCGAUACCCUACUCUUCCCACGCGAGGUGGAGUGUAGGGAAAUCGAAAGGCAUUGUGCGCCGAGCCAAGCAAGAGCGGUUCAAUCGCAGAAGAGACCGGAGGCACGACAGAGGAGGAUGCCGCCGAAGGUAGUGGGGAGGCGUCCGGCUGCUCGAGUGGGACGGCUUAGGCGCCCGGCAGCCCGAGUUGAACCGCCUGCAGAGGAAGAGAAGAAGUGCCUCAGCCUAGGGCUGGGCGAUCUCGGGUCUCUGGGCUACGUUCAUUUGAAAAAGGCCAGGUACUAUGGCAGGGAGGUUGAGUUGGUGGGGAAGUUCACCAACCUCGGGCUGGAAGAUGGACAGCCCAUGGGCACGUUUGAAGCCUCAGGCACACAAGAUGAUGCCUUGUUGCGCUUGCUCAGCGGGCGUCCCAAGCGUCAGCUCACAGUUCACCUGUGCCAAGAGGAUUGCCUGGGGGCCUUGACAGAUGAGUUCCUAGUGCAUGGCAGGAGCUUUAUCAAGGUGGAUCAGGGAAAAGACCCAUGGUUCACCAACCUGCUAUCAACAGUGCUCCUUCCUGAUUUCUCCUUUAGUGCUGAGGCGGCGAGCGUUGGUGCAGAUGCAGCGCAGAAAGGCAGAGGCAGCUUGAGUGGUGGCAUGGGCGGCGCAGAGAUUGGCAGCGGUAUCACUAUGCAUGAUAUAGAGGAGUUGGUUUCCAAUGCUGAGGCAGCGGCGUUGGAGGCUGAGGGGAGCGAGCAGGCUAAAGGGUCUGGCAGCUCCCAAGAGUUUCACCGGCUUUUGCAUGAAGGUGUCCUGAAAUGGCGCCGUGGACUUUUGCAGCCAGCGCGAGUGGCAGACGUCGGGGGACUGGUCAAUGAGGUCCUGAAGUUAUGUGAAAUGUUUCAUUGCAGACCAGAGCCCAUGGCCGAUAGGAGUAAACUUUUCCCUAUCUGUGCCCCAGGAUCUUUAAUUGGCUCAGGCCCUCGAGGACAGUUUUUCGUGGCUCUUUUGGGAAGCCUCAACCAUUUGUAUGGGGGAGGCGGCACAGGACGAGGUGGCCCGACCUCCUUUCGGGUUGCAAAAAGGCUGGCAGCAGUAGUGCAUGAUUCAGGGUUGUUGGAGGAGUUGUUACCCCCUAUGAGUUUCACUGAUUUCUUUAGUUGCAAACAACUGGACUAUGUGGGUGAUGAAGUUCAUGUAGCUAGACCAGUGGUAUGGGAGGAAGUGGAAGCUUCUCUCCCAAGUGAAGUUGGACAGCUUGACAUUCGGGACUUUGUUGAUGGGGGGGUCAAAUAUUAUAUCGAUCACCUCGAAGAGUUCAUGAUUGCUUCUCCCCCGGAUUCCAUUGCAAAGCCCCCUAAAGUGAUGGUGUCGGAUGCCCAUUGGAGUACAGUCGCUCAUGGCCUUGUGGCGAGGGGUCUUUGUCGGGUAUUGCGUAGAUCUUCACUGUUCCACGUGGGGGGGAAGCCUUUGCUCAAUGGCCUUUUUUCUGUAAGCAAGCAGGAGUUCAUUGGAACACUGGAGGUGUGUCGAUUGAUUAUGAACUUGAAGCCGGCCAACGCCCUAUGUUCUCCAAUGGUAGGUGAUACUAGCACCCUUCCUAUGGUCACAAACCUGGGCACCAUGUUCUUAGACCCCAGUGAAAACCUUUGCAUCUCCUCUGAGGACAUCAGAUGCUUCUUCUAUUUAUUCGCGAUUCCGGAGGCUUGGUGGAGAUUUUUCGGGUUUGCUAAGCCUGCACCCCGAUCGCUGGUGCCUUCAGAUUUUGGGGAUGAAGAGGGGUAUUUGGUGGCCACUGUAUUGCCAAUGGGAUGGAUUAACAGCGUUGCCCUGGCACAACACAUCCAUAGGAGAGUUGUGAGGCAAUGCAUGGGAAGCCUGCAACCCCCUCUUAGUGGGGCUCAGGAGCUUAGGAGAGAUAGACCCUUUAGUGUACACCCACACCUCUUUAGAGUUUAUCUUGACAACUUCGACGAACUGCAGAAAGUCAACAAGAAUCUGUCAGAAGUCCUGGAGGGGAGCCCUUCUCGAGUAGCCACUGCCCUAAGGGAGGCUUAUGAAAGGGAAGGCCUCCCAAGACAUCCCAAAAAAUCCACCCAGCAAGAGCUGAGGGCAGAAGUGCAAGGGGCUUGGAUUGAUGGGGUCAAAGGCACUGUAACAGCGAAGCCAUCCAAAGUGGCCCGCUACAUUGCCUUAGCUAUAGAGCUGUUGGAGCGAGGCACUGCAACCCAAAGAGAAUUACAGGUCAUUGGAGGGGGGUUUGUCUACGUGGCUAUGUUCAGGCGACCAUUGUUGGCGGGGCUAAAUCAAAUUUGGAGGAGUAUCACUGAGGUGGGCCCCCAACAAGCUAAGCAAAGACGGCGGCUGACACCUGCUGUAGUGGCUGAACUAGCUCGUUUCAUAGGUCUGAUACCUCUUUCUUUCAUGAACCUGCGUUCGGGGUUUGGGGAGUUGGUUACGGCCAGCGAUGCGUCUACCACAGGUGGGGGAGUGGUCCUCUCCCGUGCUUUGACCCCCUAUGGGCGCGCCGCGAGUACCAGCUUGGUACGAGGGGAGCUGCCUGAAAGGCACGAUUUCUCCCAAGUUCUCAGUGUGGGGCUCUUCGAUGGCAUUGCUGCCCUUCGGGUAGCCCUGGAUUGCUUGGAGGUUCCUGUGGUGGGUCACGUCUCAGUAGAGAAGUCCAGCGAGGCUCAGAGAGUAGUCGAAAGCUUGUUCCCUGAUUUUUUUCAAGUGGAGGAUGUUUGCCUAAUUGACGCGGAGAUGGUCAGCAGAUGGGCAAUGCGCUUUCCAUCCGUGGGACUAGUCAUCGUGGGAGCUGGCCCCCCAUGCCAGGGGGUGUCUGGCUUGAAUUGUGACAGAAAAGGCGCCCUCAGAGACUUGAGGAGCAAUCUUUUCGUGCACGUGCCUCGGGUGACCGCUUUGAUCAGAAAGGCAUUUCCCUGGGCCCAGGUGCACACCCUGACUGAGAGCGUUGCUUCCAUGGAUGCCAAAGAUUGUGAAACUAUGAACCAGAGCUUCGAGGACAGGCCGUGGUUCAUUGAUGCCGAUGGCGUGGCUUUGUGCCAUCGGCCCCGGCUCUACUGGAUCAGCUGGGAGCUUCAAGCAGGAGAAGGAGUCGCUUUGGGCUAUGGGAGUGACGGGCGGCUCCCAAUCCAAGGGGAGGUCCAGCUGGAAGCCGUGGUGGACUCCCAGAUGUUUCUGGAGACAGGAUGGUCGCUAGCUGAGCGACAGCGGCUGCCAACUUUCACUACGUCACGUCCAAGCUCGACACCCUUGAAGAGACCGGCAGGCAUCAAAUCGUGCAAGGGGCAUGAGCUCGAGCGCUGGCGGAGCGAUCGUCAUAGGUUCCCCCCGUACCAGUACAAAGAUGAAAACUGCGUGUCAAAUGCGCGAGGGGAUUUUAGAAUCCCAAGCGUGUCUGAGCGGGAGGUCAUCAUGGGUUUUCCCCUAGGAUACACUAUCCAGUGCCUGCCCAAAAAGGACCAUGGAACAGAAAAACAUACGGACUGCCGGCUGAGCUUGCUGGGCAACUCAUGGUGUGUGCCUGUUGUGGCGUGGCUGCUGGUGAAGCUGCUGCAACCUUUAGGGCUGGUUGAACCGACAAGCGUUCAAGAGGUGGUGAAUAGGCUAACUCCAGGUUGGGGUCGUUCUCUGCAAAGUCUUCUCCUGCGGCCCCCCAUUAGCUGUAGUACUGCGAGCGCCCCUUGUAGCGUAGAGCUGGUUCAACGCCUUUGUUCUCUGGUCUCCUUGAAAGGUGAGGAUAUCCUGCUGCAAGGUUCAACAGAUGCUCCGGCAAAGUUUCAUAGGCUCCGUGCAAGUGUGCCUGCUAGGCUUUGGAGGUGGAAAACCGUUGCGUCGUGGCAGUGGUCAGGCGCCCCCGAGCACAUCAAUGUUUUGGAACUCAGGGCAGUUUUGACUACGGUCAAAUACAGGGUUGAACAGCUUAGAGAAUGUGAUGUGCGUUGUGUGCACCUGGUUGAUUCUCUUGUUGUUUUGCACGCUCUCUCCCGCGGACGCUCUUCUUCGCGAAAAAUGCGUCGCACCCUUAUGCGGAUUAGUGCCUAUCUUCUAUCAAGCGGUCUUCAACUCUCCUGUGGGUACGUAGAUACCCACCAGAACCCUGCGGAUCGCCCCUCGCGCAGAGGGGUCAAAAAGAAAUGGUUAAAAAAGCCGCAAAAGUAG